AGCUGUGAGCGUAGCGAAGUAAACAAAGAAAAGCGUUCGCUUCUGCUGAUGGCUGAUGAAACAUUGCGCUGCUCUCGGUGGUAAUAAAUGCGCCCCUCUUCUGGUUGUUUAUUUCAUCCCGGCCAUCAGCAACACACCAUUACUGUGCAGUGUCCAGUGCAUUCGCGUUUGUUGUGCAAGACGACAGCCGUACGGCCAGUGAUUCGUUGCAGUUUUGUGAACUACCCACAAGUGGUAGCUUUCUGGCACAAGACCCACAGGAGAUUACUCAUUCACGAAUGGUGUCGAUAGUAGUUCGCACAUUAUAAGGGGAACUAUAAAAGCGCUCGGGAAGUCAGUUUGGAUGCUAGAUUCACCGUAACGAGGUUGCCGUUCAUCGUUCGCAAACGUGUUUGCUGCUUCGCACUCACUUACGGAGGCACGACGCAAUACACAGCAUCGGAUGGCAGUUUGCACCACUACCACCGCCGCGACCACCACCACCACCAGCAACCUCACGUCCGAUUCUGGUGGUGCUCCGGAAAACUUUCACAUCACCUACUCGCACGACGGCGACGAGGAUGACACAGCGGUGGACGCCGUACACGAUGGUGACCUGCUGUCCACGUCCAGCUUCCAGAUCGGAGGGAUCGUUGGCGAAAGCACCCAGCGGUGCCCGUUGUGUGGUGCCCACCGUCGUCAGUUUCACUGCAAAUCGUGCAUACGCCAUGGGGACUUUCUGCACACUGCCACCGACGUUUACUGCCAGCUGCCAGAACGGUUCGGCGAGAAGCAGCAGCGCUUGCGAAACUUGCGGACGGCAAAUGCUACGCUCGAAAGUAAAGGCAUGGUAAUGCUGGAAAAGCUACACCAGGCGGGCCGUUUGGCGGGUGAGAUUAAACAGCGAUCGGACAAGGCGAGCAUCAUUAAGAAGACGAUCGAGCUGAAGCGUAUUGCGAUCGAGGAGCUGCGUCUGAAACAGCGUCAUCUCGGUGACGCCAUUCGCAAGCUGCGCAUCACGUUGCCCCGGUACGACGAUAAGGUGAAGACGCUGAGCGAGUUUGUGGCGGGGAAGAUGGAGGAGAGCGAACACCGGAAGGCGAAGCUGACGGCAGUGCAGGAGCGUUUGCGUCAGCUGAAGCGCGAUCAGGUGCAACAGCUCGUACGGAUCAUCUUCCCGAUCACGCAAACAAUCGUGAGUCGGUCCAGUCUGGCGGGGAGUACUACCAGUACCACCAGCAGCGCGAGUGGAAGUUCCGCCGGAGGGACCGGGCUAAGCAACACGCGCAGUACGAUCCAUGAAAUAUCGGAAGCAACCCGCACGGCGUACGUCCGAGGCCAGUGGGUGCUGCAGGAUAGUUUCGGGGAGGUGCAGCAUGUAAUCAUCGCACCGGCCCUACCCGGAACGGGGAACUAUUCGGCCUACAACGAUUGGGCUACGGGGGAUGGUGGUGGCGCGGUGAUGAAUGCCGCAUCAACGGCAGCAACUUCUACCAUGGAAGUAUCUUCAUCGCCAGCAGGUGGCAGCAGCAGAGUCGGAAGCCACAAUCCGGCCCAUACCAUAGCAGCGGCCUUAACCUACACAGCCCAGCUAGUGGCACUGCUCGGCUACUAUCUGGACGUCCGGUUACCGUACCGAGUGUCGUACGCUGACUUCUGUACGACCACUUUAUCUGAGGCGCAAUUCGCUCGCAAAGUGGCACGACUAAAUGCGGACAUUGUGUUCCUCUGUCACACUCAGGGCUGUCGACUGAACGACAUGAAUCCGACACACACGCUCGAGAAUCUGCUCCGUCUGCUAAAAUCGCCCGAUCUCGGACAUUGUGGACCGACCGAUCGAAACAGCUGCCUGUCCGAUUCGAUGGAACAGCUGCUAAUGCAGCACAUUGGGGAAGAUUCCGAUUCCGAAGAUGAAACAACACUUCACCAAGAAUGGGAAGCCGUUCCAAUCAACCUUUCCCCGGUGACGGCUGAACCAGCGUACCAACCGAUGGCACUGGCCCUAGACCAACGGCGUACAACGCUCGGGCACACCGGAAUGCAUUACCAUCAGCUGCAGCAACCGACAGGGGCCGCUGCAACGAGCCUCAUGACCAGUGCCUUCGCUUCGGUCAGCUCAUUCUGGAAAGGUUGGACGGGGAAGUAAAAGAAUCUACAACACUCAUUAUACAGAGAGACAGCGAGAGAGAGAGAGAGAGAGAGAGAGAGAGAGAGAAAGAGAUUUGCUCAUUCCUUUCACACAAAGCCACGCAAGCCACAGUUUUAUAAGGCAAAAGGAACAUCCUACAUAUUUAAGAGAUUUUUCUGUUUUAUAUGUGAUAGCACAAAACCAAACUCAACUGAACUCACUCGCUUUCCACACGCGCAUACACAUUUUGUCGCCAUUUUUUUAAAACGCUUCCAGUAGUAGCGGAGGGAGAAGACAAAUAGGAACCGAACUACUACAAAAAUGUGUACAAAAACGCCGGAAACGGUAGCGAAAUAGUUUCAACCAAUUGCUGAUGUACGAAAUGCAAUUAUGAAGCGAUCUUAAUAGUGCGAUCGUUUAAAAUACGAAAAAGGAUAAAACAAAAACCGAAUUAUCUUUAGCAAAUGGAGGUAACAAACUCAUACGUUAUUUUAUAAUGCAAAACAGUAAACUAAAACCCCCGUUCGCUCUAGUACGUUUAAGCUAGGCUCGGAAUGGAAAUAAAAUAAUUCUACAUAUUAGCUGUGAUUAAUACACUUCAGAAUAACGUAAA